AUGUUCACCGGAGAUCCCUAUGCGUGGCCGUCGCGCCGCUCGCCCGUCCUCGCGACGCGCGGGAUGGUCGCGUCGUCGCAGCCGCUCGCCAGCGAAGCCGGCCUCCGCAUUCUGCGGGCCGGCGGCAACGCGGCGGACGCGGCGGUCGCCAUGGCGGCGGCGCUUGCGGUGUGCGAACCGUGCAGCACCGGCCUAGGCGGAGACGCCUUCCUCCUCUUCUACCGCGCAUCAACGCGCACGGUCCACAGUAUUCAGGGCAACGGCCGCUGCCCCGCCGCGCUCUCGCUCUCCCACCUCGCCACACUCGGUUUCUCCCCCGCGCACCCGCUUCCCCCCUUCCACCCCCUCACGGUCACCGUCCCCGGCGCCGCCGCCUGCUGGGCCGACGCCAUCCAACGGUUCGGAUCGCGCCACGUGUCGCUCCGCGAGGCGCUCGAGCCGGCCGUACAGCUGGCGGAAGGCGGUUGGCCCGUGCCGCCGCUGACAGCUGGACAGUGGGAGAGAGGCGUGGAGCAGUUGAAGCAGGGAGGGCCACAUGGCGGCGAGCUAUUGGUGGACGGGGAGAGGGCGCCGAGGGCUGGCGAGGUGAUGAGGAACCCGGGCAUGGGCAACACACUGAGGCUGCUGGGAGGUGCGUUGACUGCUUGGAGGUCCCUCUCCCCCGUUCCUCCACCAGAGCAGGGCAAGGAGGGCUUCUACACAGGCCCGGUGGCGGAAGCAAUAGUCACAGCAGUGCAGGCCCAGAGGGGACUGCUCUCUCUGCAGAAAGGCAAGGAGGGCUUCUACACAGGCCCAGUAGCCGAAGCGAUAGUCACAGCAGUGCAGGCCCAGGGCGGGGUGCUCUCCCUGCAAGACCUGGCCUCCCACACCUCCUCCGUGGCCCCGCCCAUCAGCACCACCUUCCACGGCCUCACCAUCUGGGAGGUCCCUCCCCCCACCCACGGCCUGGCCGCUCUCAUCGCUCUCAACAUCACCGAGGCUUACUACUCCACGCACGGUGUUCCCGAGCCUGUCCAGGAGGCUCGGGGAGCGGGCCCCGAAGCUGCGGGCGAGGCUCGGGAGGGGUGGGUCAAGGGGGAGGCGGAUUAUGCGCAUGUGAUGAUCGAGGCUAUGCGGAUGGGGUUUGCAGAUGCGCUGGCGUGUGUGGCUGACCCAGAGCACGUGCAGGUGCCUCUGGGGGAGGCUUUAUCUAAGGAGUAUGCAGCCAAACGAGCUGGGGAGAUAGAUCUAACACGGGCAGCGAUCGUUGAGCCAGGGAUUGGGGCGUGGGGAGGAGUGGGGACUGAUACGGUGUAUUUCUGCGCGGUGGACGGGGAGGGCAACGCGUGCAGCAUGAUCAACUCAAACUACAUGGGCUUUGGCACGGGAAUUGUCCCCCAGGGGUGCGGCUUUCCUCUGCAGAACCGCGGGCAUAACUUCUCCCUGGAUCCCUCCCAUCCCAACUGCCUGGCUCCUGGUAAGCGCCCCUACCACACCAUCAUUCCUGGUCUCGCCACGUGGGGGGUUACCCCCUCUCCCGCAGCAGCAACAGCAGCAUCAGCGGCUUCAUCGGCAGCAGGAGGAGCAGCAGCAGAGGGAGCAGCAGCAGCAGCAGCGGGAGCAUCGGCAGCAGCAGCAGCAGGAGGAGAGAAAGCAGCAGAAGAGUCAAGAGCAGACGAAGGGGUACCAGCAGGGGACCUGCACUGCACGUUCGGGGUUAUGGGCGGGUUCAUGCAACCCCAAGGCCACCUACAGGUGGUAACCAGCCUCGCCCUGCUCUCCCUCAACCCCCAGUCCGCCCUCGACCGCCCCCGCUUCUGCCUCUCUGGCCUCCCCUCCCUCGACCCGCCUGGACACGGACCUGGGCCAGUAAGAGAGAGCCACGUGGCGAUUGAGGAGGGGCUGGGAAGGGAUGACGUGGCGGAGGAGUUGAGGAGGAGGGGGCAUCAGGUGGAGGUGGUGAGGGGGGAGGCGAGGGAGGUGUUUGGGAAGGGGCAGGUGAUUGUGAGGGAGAGGGGGAGUGGCGUGCUGUGGGGGGGGUCGGAGGGGCGAGCAGAUGGCUGUGCCAUGGGUUUCUGA